UUUCUACAAUUCAACGGAAACGAAACUAAGAAUACAUGUGGCUGACCCAUCCAUCGCCAUUAAUCAGACUCUUCUCUUCUCUUCUCAUGAACCUAAUCAAAGUUUCCUUUGAAUAAAAACCUCGACUUUCCCAACAACCGAGAGAAAAAUUCCCAUGGAUCGUCUUGUGAGUGCGGAAGCAGCGGAAGUGGAGCUCAAUUUCCUGCCAUCGAAGCGGUGCACCGCCACCUUCAAAAUCAGAAGCCUAAUUCACACCAUGCCGGUCGCCGUCCAGCUGACGACCACGAGGCCGUGCUUCUACGCCUUCUCGCCCGCCGCUGUAGCCCUAAUACCGCCUCUCUCCUCCAUUGUCUUUGACGUCGUCCUGCCCCCCACGGCGGCGCCACCAAUUACCUCCCCGCCUGAUGCGAUCCUCGUCCGAUCCGCCCUCGUUCCCACCCUCCACCACGCCGACACAGGCACCUUGCUCCGCUUCUUCUCCCGCCCAACCCUCCCCGUCUUUCGAGACGCCACCAUCCCCAUCCUCCUCGUCGGCCACCGCAUCCUCACACACCUUCUGCUCUCUCCCAAUCCCCACUCCCAUCUCUCCCGCGUCAUCCCUUCCUGCACUCCCGAUGAACUCUCCACAACCCUGCCCCUCGCAGCCGCCGCUGGCGACGCCAUCACCGUCGCAGCCCUAAUCGCAGCAGGCGCGAAUCCCAAUGCUCGCAGCGCCGGAAGAAAAUCUUCCCUUUCCCUCGCCGUCUCCGCAGGAAGCCUGGAUUCUGUCAAAGCCCUAAUUGAUGCCGGGGCCACCGACCGCCCCUUUUACGAGGCCGCCGCCGGGAACAGAACGGAUCUGAUUUUCAUCAUGCUCGGCAAAUUCGCACCCGGAAACAUAUCCUGGGCCGAUGCAGUCGACAACGAGGGGCGGACGCCGGUCCACGCGGCGGCGGAGAAUGGCUGCGUCGAAGCCCUCCGCCUCUGCUUCACCAUCGGCGGCGGCGACGCCGACCUAGCCGAUGCGCGCGGGUGGACCCCACUCCAUUACGCAGCCGCCGCCGGCCAUCUUAAAGCCGCGGAACUGAUCAUCGGCUACUCGGGCUUCGAUCCGCGAGGAGCGCUGACGAGGGAAGGUCAGGGGAAGAGGAGGACGCCGCUUGAGCUCGCUGUGGAGAAAGGGAACGAUCACCUAUACGAGCUUCUCCGACCAUAUGGUCGGGUUAUUAGAGCGGCGCGGGGCGUCGGCGGCGAACUGGGGCCAGCUGUGAAGGAGGCCGGAGGGGUGGAGGAAAGGGACCAGAACGGGUGGACGGCGUUACACGUGGCAGCAUUUAAAGGGAGGAUGGAUGCCGUGAAGCAGCUUGUAGAGGGCGGCGCGGACUUGGAGGCUGUGGACAAUGAUGGCUACACGCCGUUGAAGUGUGCCGUGGAGGCUGGAAAUGCUGAGGUGGCGCUAUGGCUCAUCAGCUGUGGAGCUCGCGGUGGUGUAAAGGGCUUUCUUAUGGCUACAGGCGGCGGCGGCGGCGUUCCUCCGUCUAUGAAGGAAUCAUGCACGGCGCUGGUUUCUGCUGCGCUCUGUUGAAGUAAAUAAAUAAAUAAGUUGUAUAUUUGGGAGCAUUUGAAGUUUUGAAUUUUUGCUCCCAGUUUGUAUAUAAUCUGGUUGAGUGAAAUUAGAAUUAAAAGUUACUUUU